AGCGCGGGUUCUCGCGAGAUCGCCGCCGGAAGUGGGUGGCUGCGGAGGCUCAGAGACUUCUCUCCCCGGACGGCGCUCGUUUCUUCGGAGCUGCUGCAGCCGUCCGCCCCGUGGCGCUCUCCCCAGGGAAAGAGCUCACCGGACGCGGCCUUUCCCAGCGCCGAGCUCGCCCCUUCGGCUUCCCCAGCUGUACAGAGGCGCGCGGCCCAGCCGGCUGAGCCCCCGAAAUCCCCGGCUCCUCCCUCCCUCCGUCUGCGCUGCAGUUAGGCCGCGCCCAGAGGCCCAGUCCGCGGCGGCUCCGGCGGGUGAUGCCAAAUACAGCCAUGAAGAAAAAGGUGCUGUUAAUGGGGAAGAGCGGGUCGGGGAAGACCAGCAUGAGGUCUAUUAUCUUUGCCAAUUACAUCGCUCGCGACACCCGGCGCCUGGGUGCCACCAUUGAUGUGGAGCACUCCCACGUCCGAUUCCUGGGUAACCUAGUGCUGAAUCUGUGGGACUGUGGCGGUCAGGACACCUUCAUGGAAAAUUACUUCACCAGCCAGCGAGACAACAUCUUCCGUAAUGUCGAGGUUCUGAUUUAUGUGUUCGACGUGGAGAGCCGCGAACUGGAAAAGGACAUGCAUUAUUACCAGUCGUGUCUGGAGGCCAUCCUCCAGAACUCUCCUGAUGCCAAAAUCUUCUGCUUGGUGCACAAGAUGGAUCUGGUUCAGGAAGAUCAGCGUGACCUGAUUUUUAAAGAGCGAGAGGAAGACCUGAGGCGUUUGUCUCGCCCGCUGGAGUGUGCUUGUUUUCGAACAUCCAUCUGGGAUGAAACGCUCUACAAAGCCUGGUCCAGUAUUGUCUAUCAGCUGAUUCCAAAUGUCCAGCAGCUGGAGAUGAAUCUCAGGAAUUUUGCCCAGAUUAUUGAGGCCGAUGAAGUUCUGCUGUUCGAGAGAGCCACGUUCUUGGUCAUCUCCCAUUACCAGUGCAAAGAGCAGCGUGAUGUCCACCGAUUCGAGAAGAUCAGCAACAUAAUUAAGCAGUUCAAGCUGAGCUGCAGUAAAUUGGCCGCUUCUUUCCAGAGCAUGGAAGUUAGGAAUUCUAACUUCGCUGCUUUCAUCGACAUCUUCACAUCAAACACGUACGUGAUGGUGGUUAUGUCGGAUCCGUCUAUCCCUUCUGCGGCUACUCUGAUCAACAUUCGCAAUGCCAGGAAACACUUUGAGAAGCUGGAGAGAGUGGAUGGUCCCAAGCACAGCCUCCUUAUGCGUUGAAUAUUGCCAAAACACGCUCUCUGAAAAUGCUUAAUUGCCUUCCCCCCACCCCUUUUUUUUCAAUAUUCAUAAUGUCGUGUGCUUAUAAGUGGGCUUUGAAAUGUGUGCUGCUUAUCAUUUUCAUCUCUUUCUUCCCUUCUCCCCAGUCUUUUGGACUCUAUUUACUCACUUAUCCAGUAGAGCUUUAAAGAUGGCCUUUCUGAAAAGUUGGUAUGGGGUAACACUAAAGUGGGUGGUGGUGUAUGUGUGUAUGUGUGUUCUGAUUACCUGGUUAUAGUAGAUACACACAAAGCCUUUACAAUAUCUUCUGUAUUCCUUACAAGGUUGCAAAGAUGUAAUGUUAUUUUAUCAGCAAGGUAUUAAAAUGCGUUUAUAAAUUCUUCUGGCUUCAAUCACGAAUAAACAUUUGCUGUUAGCAGUUUAAAA